CUUCCAGCCGCGCCGGUCCCGGCCGGAGCCGGACGCGCCGACGCGGGGCGUCCCCAUGCCGUUGUCGCUACGGGUGGCGGCGGCGCGGCUGCUGCUGGCGCGGGGCAAGACCACCUCGGCGCAGCACGUGGCGGCGCGGCACCUGGACCACACCUUCGAGCGGCUCGCGACGGCGCACCUGCCCCUCGUCGCGGCGUCGCCGCUGAUCGACGCGCUGCGGGCCUGCCCCGAGCCGCUCGCGCUGCCGGACCUCGCGCGCCGCCUCCCGCUCCGCCUCCACCGCCGCGGCCCGCUCCACUUCCUCCGCCUCUUCCCGCGCGUGUUCCACCUCCGCGCCCCGCUCCCGCUCUCGCUGUCCCUGACCCCCGCCGCCGCGGGCCUCCUCGCAGUCGCCAGCUCCCCCGCCGACGCGGCGCGGACGCUCCACCGCCUCCUCGCCAUGUCGGUCAGCCGCUCCUUGCCCCUCCGCGCUGUCUUCCGCGUCUGGCGCGAGCUCGCCCUCCCCGACGACUUCGAGGACUCCGUCGUCGAGGGGCACCCGCACCUCUUCCGCCUUGCCCCCAAUCCCGACGAGCCCAACACCCACAUUCUCCACCUCGUCGCCGAUCCGGCGACUGAGGAAUUCACCCCGGCGGUGGAGAAGACCCGGCCGGACAGGUACGCCUUCAAGCUGCAGUUUCCGCCGGGGUUCAGGCUGACCAAGGAGUAUCGGAAAAAGGUGAAGGAGUGGCAGCUGCUGCCUUACACCGGCCCGUAUCAGGUCGUCAGUCCGAGGGGUGGAGGGAGCAAGAGGGUGUCGAAGUUGGCAAGGAGGAAGAUGGAGAAGAGGGCGGUAGGGAUUGCCCACGAGUUCCUCAGCCUGACCGUGGAGAAGAUGGUGGAGGUGGAGAAGUUCAGUCAGUUCAGGAAGUGGUUUGGGAUCGAGGUCAAUGUCCGGGACGUGUUCUUGGAUCACCCUGGGAUAUUCUACCUCUCGGCGAAACGAAAGCAGCACACGGUGUUUCUGAGGGAGAUGUAUGAUCGUGGAAAGCUUGUUGAGUCGAAUGAUGUCUCUGAGGCAAGGGUCAAACUCGUCGAGCUCAUGCUCUUGCGUCGACGUGGUCUUGGGAAUGCUAAUUCAAGUGCCAACAUGGCUUCUGGUGCCACUGCUGAUGCCAGAGGGAGUGGUGAUGAUUUUGUUAAGCAUGAGGAUUGCUUGUUGGAUGUAUCGGAGAAGUAACAGUAGAAGGAUGUUGUCAACUUCAUGGGAAAUCAUGUCAGUAAGCCAUUUUCAACGGUGCUUGCGCACUUCUGAUGGAGAAUGGAUUGAUGGUGCCAUGAGCAGGAGGUUUGUGUGCUGGAGAUAACCAAAUGAGAAGGUGCAUGGAUUUUCAGAGUGGUAUGACAUAGUUGAUAGAGGUAGUGCCAUGGACAUAGUUGUGGCAUUUGAUGCUUGGAACACAAAAGUCAUGUUUCAACUGUCAUGGACAUAAUUGUGGCAUAUUGGUAGUUCAAGAUUCAUGAGGGAAGGUUGAACCUCUCAAAGGUUGCUUUAUCCUGACAAAUCAUUCUGCAAAGGUUGCUUUAUUCCAGGUAAUUUGUUAGGAUUCAUGAGUUUGAUCUAGUUCUUCAGUUUGGUCUGGCGGAGGUACUUUUGGUUAUGGCUAUGGGCUGAAGUUCAACCAUCACAUUCCCUGGUUGCGCGGCAUUGCCUGAAUUUUCUUAUUUGAAUAAAACAUUGCCUGAAUUGAAGAGCCAGGCAUUCUUCAGAAAAUUUUGCAACCCUGGUUGUUUCUGCAGCAGUCUUAGUUUCGACAGGGCCAGCAAGAUGUGCAAACACAUGUUGUUCCAGGGCUUCAGCCAUCUACAUUGCCAUUUCAGCUUUGAGUUCCUUAUUUGUGCGAUAUAAGUUUAUCCUUUCGACAGUUAAGCCUACUCUGGUGUGUUAACAUUGAACGCCUAUGAAUCACAAGGUUUCCUGCUGGUUGGCAUCACAAAACUAGUGCCUGAUAUUCAAAUAUUAAGAAGAGAUGAUGGUUGAAUAAUCCUAUAUUAUCGCUAAUUGAGAGAUAGUCGGGCACCUUCUAAUAGGCGAAUAGGAUAGGGGCAGUGUAAGAUAUAAAAGGUGCUGCGGUGUUGCUAGCUGUUUGUCCAUAGAUAACAAUUUUGUGUCCAGCAAAUGUACCAGCCAAUCUCUGUGCUGGAGAUUGGUGGUUACUCUCCUUCGUUGCAGUUGUAUCUUCAUAUACCUUAUUACUUCAGUUGUGUCUUUUCUUCGCUGUAGCCAUUGUUAUAAUAAUUUUAAAAUAUUUUUUUCUUCCA